GUGAAUAUCCGCGGUUUGUCCUGUUAAACGUGGCUUUAUGGCUAGAACAGUGUUCCACAUGGGCGGUGUCGAGGCGCAAUUAUUUGCGUGUGAUUUAACUAUCUCGUAGGCAUGAGCUGCUCUCAGAAGCAAUAGGUCCGCUUAUGUAACUAGCAGAACGAAUUAAUUACGUUGUAAGUGACGGGCACGAGUGGUAUUAAAUGAUUUCCGAUUGCCUAUAUAAAUGGCUAUUUGGAGAGAAAUGUCAACAUCAUGGUAAGCAGUCAUAUUUACGCAUGAUGCCCUGUGCAAUUUACUUUGUAAUCGAAGAUGGCGGAGCUAGAUGGGGAGUUCUCGAAUCGCUCACAGAACAGUAUGGCCAACAAGAACAGCACCCUGCGUUGCACAUUUUCUGCUCCCACACACAGUAGCACACUCUUGCAGGGGCUGUCGGCCCUGCGUCAACAAGGACAACUGCUGGACGUGGUGCUGGCCAUCAACGAAGAGCGGUUCCAAGUCCACAAGGCAGUGCUCGCCUCCUGCAGUGACUACUUCAGAGCGAUGUUCACGGGGGGCAUGAAGGAGUCCAAGCAGGACACCAUUGAGCUGAAGGGCCUGUCUGCGCGCGGCCUGAAGCACAUCAUUGACUUUGCGUACAGCUCGGAGGUGACCCUUGACCUGGACUGCAUCCAGGACGUGCUGGGGGCGGCGGUGUUCCUGCAGAUGGUGCCGGUGGUGGAGCUGUGCGAGGAGUUCCUCAAGUCGGCCAUGAGCGUGGAGACGUGCCUGAACAUCGGCCAGAUGGCCACCACCUUCAGCCUGGCCUCGCUCAAGGAGUCGGUGGACGCCUUCACCUUCCGCCACUUCCUGCAGAUCGCCCAGGAGGACGACUUCCUGCACAUCCCCAUGGAGCGCCUGGUCUUCUUCCUGCGGAGCAACAAGCUGAAGAACUGCAAGGAGGUGGAGCUGUUCCAGGCGGCCGUGCGCUGGCUGCAGCACGAGGAGUCGCGGCGGGCGCGCGCCAACGAGGUGCUGUGCCACGUGCGCUUCCCGCUCAUGCGCUCGUCCGAGCUGGUGGACAGCGUCCAGACGGUGGACGUCAUGGUGGAGGACGUGCUGUGCCGCCAGUUCCUGCUGGAGGCCUUCAACUACCAGAUCCUGCCCUUCCGGCAGCACGAGAUGCAGUCGGCGCGCACGCUGAUCCGCUCGGACGUGGUGUCGCUCAUCACCUUCGGCGGGACGCCGUACACCGACAACGACCGCACGGUCAGCAGCAAGGUCUUCUUCCUGCCGGACGCGGCCGCGCGGCAGUUCAAGGAGCUCGGGGAGAUGGAGACGGGCUGCAGCCACGCGUGCGUGUCCGUCCUGGACAACUUCGUGUACGUGGUGGGCGGUCAGCACCUGCAGUACCGCAGCGGCGAGGGCGCGGUGGACGUGUGCUUCCGGUACGAUCCGCACCUCGGCCAGUGGCUCCGCAUCCAGCCCAUGCACGAGAGCCGCAUCCAGUUCCAGCUCACCGUGCUGCAGGGGCAGCUGUACGCCACCGGGGGGCGCAACCGCUCCGGCAGCCUGUCCUCCGUGGAGUGCUACUGCCCCAAGAAGAACGAGUGGACGUACGUGGAGCCGCUGAAGCGCCGCGUCUGGGGCCACGCCGGCACCGCCUGCCGCGACAAGCUCUACGUGUCCGGCGGCUACGGCGUCUCCGUGGAGGACAAGAAGACGCUGCACUGCUACGACCCGGCCGCCGACCAGUGGAGCUUCAAGGCGUCGAUGAACGAGCCGCGCGUCCUGCACGCCAUGAUCGGCGCCGGCGGCCGCGUCUACGCUCUGGGCGGCCGCAUGGACCACGUGGACCGCUGCUUCGACGUGCUGGCCGUGGAGUCGUACGCCCCCGAGAGCGACCAGUGGACCACGCUCAGCCCCAUGCGCGCGGGUCAGUCGGAGGCGGCCUGCUGCCUGCUGGCCGGCAAGAUCUACGUCGUGGGCGGCUACAACUGGCACCUGAACAACGUGACGAGCAUCGUGCAGGUGUACAACACGGAGACGGACGAGUGGGAGAGGGACCUGCAUUUCCCAGAGUCCUUUGCGGGAAUCGCGUGCACGCCGAUCAUACUCCCACAGACCACGACUCAGCGGUGAGCUCCUCUGGUCCACACGUGGGGGGGGGGGGGGGGGGUUUAGGUCACAUACGCUGACGGCCGGGACUCCCUCGCCCCCCCGCCCCCCCGCCUGCCCCUCCCCCCUUUCAGGCUUCUGUUCUAGACCAAAACUGUGCAGACAACUCUCAGGACAUUCCAUAGCUCGUGUGUCUGGCGAGGUGAGGGGACGAACCAGUGAAUGAAUGUUGUUUUCAGGUGCAUCGUGGGUAUCAGGGAGACACUGCCUUGUCGUCUUGUCCCUGUGUGUGUGCUACUACACGGUACGUAGAUCACUGUAAGAGGCACUGUCUGUGUCCCGCUGUUCUUGAUGCUAAGGUGCCUGCCAACAUGAACAACUUCAACAACACAAGAUUUACAAAUGAGUCCUUCACUCGUGUGAGGCUCCCGCAGGUGCAGGGGGCGAGAGGGGCAUAUCCUCCUGGCGUAGAAAUACGAGAUAUCAUGGGUGAAAACGAAGAUAUGAUUGUAACACACUAUUCCUCAAUGCUCAUGUACUCUCCUUCCGUUCAGCACAGUGUGUGUGUGUGUGUAUUGUGUGUGUGUGUGUGUGUGACUCACCUACAGUAGCCGUCUUGUCUUGUCUUCUGUGACCCCGUGUGACCCCAUGGGGCUAUGAGAGGAUGUCACAGCGCAGCUGAGGAGUAGAGGUGGGGAAUGAGUCAUAAUCUAUACCAUACUGUAGAUGUGCAGUGUUAAUCUAACCGUUACUACGGCUGCUAAUCUAAAGCUGGUGCUACAGAGCACUAUGAUACUAAAAAGGAACACGCCACCAUUUUAUGAAAUUGGGUUAUUCACUGUCUCCCCUACAGUUAGAUAUGAUGAUGAGUUAGAUAUUCCGGCAGCACCCCGCUAUAUUAGCUUAGCAUAGUGAAUGGAAUCUCUUAUUGCCGGAUAGCAUGUUGUGAGUAAAAGUGAUGCAACAAAAAGCAAAUAAACUCCAAGUACAUCUUGUGGCCUGUGUAUUCACAAUGAGUACAAAUGACAAUGCAGAUUAAAACGAGGCAAUUCCCUAGGCAGGUAUUGACUUGGGACUAUAUUGGGGCAAAGUAGCAGUGCUUCGCCCCAGUAGUCCAAGUCAAUAUCUGUCUAGGAAAUCACCUCAUCUUAAUCCACAUUGCCAUUCGUUGUGAAUACAGAGGAGGCCACAAGAAGUGGAUCACUUUUACUCAUGACAUGUUACUGGGCAACGAGAGAUUCCAUUCACUGUGCUAGGCUACGCUAUCAGGGGGCACUGCCAGGCUGAGACGAUGCAUUCACGCAGAUAAAAAUGCUUUUACUCACUUAUCUAACUGUAGGGGAGACGGUGAAUAAUCCAGUUUUAUAAAACAGUGGCGUGUUCUUUAAGGGAAACUGAAAGAGGACACAGACUAAAGUCUCUAUAUCUUCCUGGUUUGUUCAUGUAGCGGUGACACUUGAAAUGAAGAUAUUUAUUUACACUUUUUUAUUUUUAAGCACAACAUUUGACUCUUAAAUGGCUAGCCAUUUAGACGAUUUCACCAUGUUGCCUUGGUUUGUGUAUUUUAAGUCUUACUGGUAUUAAUUAUUGUUGCAUUGCAUGACAAUUGAGAAAGCACAUUACAUUUCCCAAAUGCAUUUUAAGUCUUAUAAGAAAUGAGAAUGUAUCGUUGAUCAUACUUGCACCUGAUCAUGAAGAUGUCUUAAAGCUGAAGUAGUGUUCGGAGAAGCCUGGAUGGUCAUUUUCUAAGCCUGCGCAUCAUGAAGAUUUAAUGUCCAGUUGCGGGGGAAUAAGCUCUUAUUUACUUAGGCUAUUUACUUGUCAUUUUAUCUGUUGUAUUAUUACUUAAAUUCUGCAUUCCUUUCUCCUAAUUCAUUUCUGUUUGAAUGUAUUUAACAAGUCUGGCUGACAACUCCCAAAAAAAAUGCCAAAAGCAGAAGUUAGAUGCUGAUGUUGUCAUUCCAUUAUAGUUUGUUUACCUAAACUUUGUGUUUACUUAUUUUGUCUGUAGCAUUUGUUCACAUUCCAUAAGAAAGCACGUCCCUUUUCCUGGGGGAUGAGAGUGCUCAGUUUCAGGUCAUUUUUAAACAGGUCAUCCAUUAUAUGGAGAAGGAAGGCGAUUUCUCUCGUUUGCACUUUUAGAGUCACCGCAAAUUUAACAGGCUGUAGUGGAACUAGCAAGGAGGGCCCCAAACACUUUGGACUAAGAACAAAUUAAUUAGCUUCAGACUUGGUGAUGGUGUCUGCUUGCUAAAGACACAUGCAGAACCCAUGACCAGUUUAGCAGCAUCUAAAGAUAAUCCCUCGGAUCAAUAAAAUAAAAGCCCUUCGAGGCACUUAAACCACGCUCAUCACUAUCUUCUUCUGCGUGCCAGACAGCUCUGCGCUAGAGGCCCCAAAUAAAGGUUUUUGUCUCGUCCUCUAUGAGAGAGUAGAGCCCACAGGGACUGACACCAAGUACUAUGAUUUGUUUUGUAGGUUUAAUUUUAGCACACAUAGCUUUUGAGUUGACUGGGGACAGCUCUGCUGCCAGUAUGCCAGCAUGACUGUCACAGAAUUCUUUGUUCCAAGGAGUGCUUUAGAAGCUAUUCUCGCGGUGUGAUACGACUUCCUUUGAAACGAUUUAGUUGAAAAUAAAUUAGCAUGUGCACUUUGUAUUCUGAAGAGUAUGUCUGUUGGUUAUGUUGUGCUGAUGUCCCCAGAGAGAGAGAGAGAGAGAGAGAAACUGUAAGGGGAAAGUAUGCUAAACGCUAACGUAUAGGCAUUAUUUGAGUGCUGUGGUGUUACUCUGUUGAAUGUAGAGUCUUAACUCCCGUGCGUUUCUCUUCCGUGUGUGUGCACUUGUGAAUCUGUCUGUCCAGUGUUCUGCCCAAUGUUCUGCCCGUGCUAAUCAACAUGUGGAAACAGCUCACUCUGUGGGGCACUGAAUGUUCUCUAUUUGUUGCCACUUUUACUGUCUUUUUGUCCAGUCGGUUUGUAUGUAUGUAUGUUUGUUUUGUUUGUUUGUUUGUUUGUUUAUUUUGUUUGUUUAUUUUAUCACUUGCCUAAAAUGAAAUCGUGUGUUUCAAAAAAGCUUAAUUUGUGGUUAAAAAUAAAAAUUUUGUUAAA